UAAGCCGAGUCCACCAAAUUAAAACCCCCACUAUUCCCUUUGAAAUUUCACUGUCUUUCUCUCUGCAUAAUGUUCAGAUUGACCAAAUCAAACUCUCUUCAGAGCCUUUCUCACCAAUUUACUCAAAAAUGCUAUGCAAGUGGAACCCCAAAAGGGAAAGCCAAAUUGAAAGCUGGGGUGCAAUUGAAACGCAACAAAAUCUCAACCAAGAAAGGCUCAUCAGCAGCCGCAAAACCGUAUGUGCCUGAUGAGAAGCAAAAAUUAUACGAACAAUGCCUCAAUGCCCCAACACCCGUACGGUAUCUCACCCCAAAAGAGCGUAAACGAGAGAUUGAGCGGGAAAAAUUGGGUCUUGUGAGCAAAGAUAGACUGCGAGAAAUUGAGAUUUUGAAGAAAGGGGGAAAAGCGUCUAUGGGUAUUAGUGAUGAGCCCAUGAUAAUGGGAACUCCGGGAUUGGACUUGAUUUCACUUGGGUUGGUUGAUGCUGAGAAAAUUCCGAAGUAUGAGUUGACGGUUGAGGAUGGGCGACGGUUGGCCAAGGAAUAUAGUCGGGUUUUGAUGAGGAGGCAUCGGGCUAGGCAGGCUGCGGAAUCGACCCUUUUGAGGUUGAAGAAGGAGGCAAUUGAGGCGUUGCCUGAAGGGUUGAAGGAGGCGGCUUUGGUGCCAGAUUUGACGCCGUUUCCGGUGAAUAGGUUUAUGGCUACGCUCACGCCACCUAUCGAAGGGUACUUGGAGAAGGUUAGAGAAGCUACAAGGAGAAGCUCUGGGAGUGAGAAGCUCAGAUGAUUCGUGAUGGAGCUGUGCUUUGAAAGAAAGAGAACUGAAAUUGUAAGAUGAAUGGUGUUUACUAUUAUUGCAAUACUAUUAUUUGUGGUUUCAAGAAAGAAUUUAUUACCUAGGCAGAAGUGCAAUAAUUGUUGAAAUUCUAAAAGUUUUUUUAUUCUUGGUAGUGUACAACUUCUAAUUUGGUUGAAUUUUGUUAUUAGUAGUACUUUUUCUA